AUGUCUGACCAAAAAGAUAAGGGCGCAGAGUACAAAGUCUUCCUGGAGAGCUGUUUGGGAGGUUCAGUGGACGACACGGAUGGCCAUGACAAGCGACUUUUGGGUCCCAUUGGUGAAAUACUCGAAGAGAAAGAAGACAAGGACUCUGAUAGCAAGGAUGACACCCAGAAGAACACGACAGUGUGCUUUAACUUGAACGACUCCGAAAAUGAAUCCUCCGGCUUUGGAGACGAUGACGACGACGAAUGGGAUCUUGAGGACGCCUACAACUUCGACGCCGAGAAGAUUGCUGAGCUGCUUCAGAAGGGCGGAGAGAUCAAUGAGGAAGAGCUGGUGGAAAGCAUGCAGGAGAGCAUGGCGGAAGCCAUGUUCUUGCGCAUGAACCUGGAAGAUCCAGAUCUCGAAGCCGAACGCCCUGAUUGCAGCGGCACACUGGACGGCCGCAUGACGCCUCCGGCGAAAGACGCCAAGGAUUUCGAUGCUGCCACGCCACCAGACCCAAAGGUCUUGGCAGAGAAGUUGGAGAUGAAGGACCGGCGCCGUAGUUCCAUCAGCGGGCGCCGCAACAUCAACGACGCAGUGAAGACCAACACGGCCCGGACCAGGAAAAGCAUCGCCUGCGUCGCGGCCGAGAAGACAGCUUCUGGGGCGGAUAAGGCGACAAUUGAAUUGGCCGCAGAAAAGACCACGAAGCGACAUCGCAUGAGUCUUUGCAAAGCCGCAGAGACGUUGGACCUGGCAGGCUUGGGCGACGACGCUCCAGAAGAGGUCCAAAAGAAGAUCAAUAUGAUCUCCAAGUGUUUGAUGGUCGCCCGUGGCCGACAUCGCAUGAACGUUGCCGCCGCUGUCAAAGAGACCAUUUGCGGCGAGUCCGACGAGGAGGAGACCAAGACCGCGAAGUCUGAGGGCAAGAGCAGCGAGGCCAAGAGCAGCAAGGACGGCCCGAGCGAUUCGAAAGAAGCGUCGGCGCCGAAAGCUACCCCAAAGCCCAAGUUCAUGAGCAAACUCAGGGCUUGCGCCAAGGAAUUCCAGCCCUCCGAGAAGCAGUUGUCCAUCAAGCAGAAGAUCGCCGCAGCGGUGGCCGCCGCCUACAAACGCAAUGGGCCUGUAGAGAAGCCCGAGAAGAGCGAAGUGAAGGAGGAAUGGACCACGGCCUACGAAGAUAUGUCCUUAUAUGGCUAUGAAGAUUACAGCUGGCAGGGACAGUACGGCUGUGAUGGCAGCUACGGCUGGAACCAAAUGAACUGCAACCAGAUGGGUUGCAACCAAAUGAACUGCAACCAGAUGGGAUACAAUCAGAUGAAUCAGAUGGCUUACAACCAGAUGCAAUACCAGCAGACAGGCUACAACCAGAUGGCUUGUGGCGGUUGUGGCAUGGGAUGUCAGGGCCGCAACCAAUGGCAAGGAAACCAAUGGCAGGGCCAGGCUGGAUGGAACGGAAACGAUGGGCAGUACGACCAAUAUGGCAACUAUGUGGGGCCGGGGAACUACGGAAAUGAUUACAACAAUUGCUACUACAACAACUAUGGAGGACAAGCGCAGAAUAACGGCUAUGGAGGCAAUUGGCAAAACGCUGCCUGGGGUUCCGCCUAG